CCCGAGUUUUCGUUGUGCGUCCGUCCCGUGUCGUCGCGAGAACCGCGUCCGUGAUUUUUUCAGGUCGGUUUUAUCUCCGGAAAAAAUAUACCGAAAAUCCGGGCGUAUCAUUUUAAAUAUAUUGUGUACACGAGACGUUGUUGUUGCCGAGUGUAUCGAAACACGAAAAUCCUGAACGAGUGGUUAAAACAAUAAAAAAAAUAAAAAAAUAAAAAGUAAAAAAUAUAUACGAAAAUUGUUUACUCUACGAAAUUACACGCGCCUUGUGUCGUCACGCAUAUGUUAUCUAUAUUGUGAUAUAUAUUUGAUUUUUUUCGAUCGAUUAUUGUUAGUAUUCUAUCGUCGUUGUUGUAUUUUGGGUUCGCAACCUAGUAUAACAGCAAAAAGUGCCCGUGACAGUGCGUGUGCGAUCUUCGUCAUCGCCACCGGUGCGGUUCGUUUUGGACGCAGUGUAUAUUUAAAACGUAUAAUAUUGUAGAACGUAAUAAUAUCAAAAUAAUAUAAUACUGUAGUGUCGGUGUCGCGGUCGUGCGAGGGUGCGCGUGUGCGGGCGCGAAAUGUCGGCCGACAAAAUCCGUAUUUGCCAACGACGCUGACAACACGAGACCGACCGGUGGAAAACCGAAAUUUCGAUCCGACUGCUGCAGCAGUGUUACGUCGCAACGUUCGCGUCGCGAAUAAGUGAUAAAAUUCGAAAACCUCUGGCUUUGGCGUCGCUGUUCUUGGUUUGCCGCGUGUUUUAUUUUGUUUUGUUGACGAUUGUGUGAGUUUAUAAGUCUGCGAGAAUUUCAGCGACCAUCAAUUCCGUUGUAGUCGUUGAUGAAGAAUAUCUUGAAAUUCUCCGCUGCCUGACGGACUGUCAACAGAACCGGAAAACGGAAAAAAAAGUAAACGCACCCCUUCUAAAUUGUCUCCACUUUGUUGUUUGUUUUAUGCAUUUUCUUUGCUCUGUGCGAUCGAUUCGCAUCGCCAUGUUGACAUUAACGGCACUGGAAGUAGACUUAAUGUCCUAGGGUGCUUAGAAAAAAAAAUACUUAAGAGCAACGAAUAAAGAAUAAAGAAAAAAAAUAAGAUUUAAAAAAAAAAAAAAAAAUUGUAAGCAAGGGGCGCGUUUACUGCACUUUAGGAGGAUGUACUCGACAAAAGUAACAGCCAUGACGUUCCUGGUGGCCAUAUUUGCAGUAAGCCCACUCCAGUCUUCCGAAGAAAAAUACAACCCUCAACAGCAGAAAAAACAGGUGUCCGAUUUUUUGGUCAGGCCGUUUUUUGACACGUCCGUAUCGUCCAACAUCACCACGCAACUGGGUGGUCACGCAUACAUGCCUUGCAGGGUCAAACAGCUCGGUAACAAGUCGGUAUCAUGGAUACGGCGGCGGGAUUCGCAUAUACUUACCAUUGAUUGGUUGUUGUUUAUCGCCGACGAUAGAUUCCGAAUAUUUCUAGUAGAGCCUACAUGUACGUGGACGUUGCAAAUAAAAUAUGUGCAGCCCAGGGACGCUGGCAUUUACGAAUGCCAAAUAAAUACAUCACCUAAAAUGAGCCAUUUGGUUCAGCUCAAUGUCGUAGUGCCAAAGAUCGAGAUCAUGGGCGAGUCAGACAUCCACGUGAUGGAGGGCAGCUCCGUAAGCCUGAAGUGCGUGAUCCGGCAGAGCGUCCGGGACCCGGACUACAUAUUCUGGUACCAGAACAACAAGCGGGUUCUGGACUACGGCAAGGGCGCCAAGGUGAUCAGCAGCGAACGGAUAGACGCCAACACGAUGGUAGCCACGUUGACCAUCAACAACGCGGUGCGGCAAGACUCGGGCAACUACACGUGUCAGCCGUCCAACUUGGACUCGGCCAGCGCGUACCUGCACGUCUUGAACGGCGAACAUCCGGCAGCCAUCCAACGGGGACACAGUUCCGGCACUCAGAUACCCAUCCGCCUGUUGGGGCCUCUCUCGGCCGUGUUGGGACUCAGCUCCAGUCAUUCGACGAGAGCCGCUCUGCUGACGACCGCGUUCGCCGUCGACUUGACCGUCCGGACGCUAUACUCGAUGAUCGUCUAAGCGGGCGACACCACAGGACCCUAUUGUGAGCCUGCAGCACAACCGCCGCCGAGCCGACCGAAUGAUUUACAUACCAAAUAAUCAGAACCCCCAUAUCCCCCCCCCCACGAAAAAUAUUACACACCUAGCCGCUGACGACGGGUAAACCAUGUCCGAGGUCGUGCAGCGAAGCGUAUCGAUGAAAUGCGCACGAUUCACUGUGCGUGCACAACAUACAAUAUGUUACCGAAAUAUAUUUUCUGCCGUACAUACCAAUAUCGCACAAAGACGAUUUGUUUUCAUUAUUAUAUAUUAUUAUUAUUAUUAUUAUUCAUUAUUAUUAAUAUUUAUAUUGAUACCAUGCGGCAGUGACGAGUCUGUAUGUAAAUAAUAUUAAACUUGAACCGCGAGUGUCCAUCGGCGACACAUUCUUUUCCAAACGUGUACAUUUUUUUACGUGUAUUUACUUAUAACUAUCAUUAUUAUUAUUGGAUGUCUAAUAAAAAAAAA